AUGAGCCAGCAGGAUGUGGUCGCCGUGCUUUCAGAACGCCUGCUCGUAGCUGCCUACAAAGGCCAAGUGGAGAAUGUGGUGCAGCUUAUCAACAAGGGUGCCAAGGUAGCGGUUACCAAGCAUGGCCGGACCCCCCUGCAUCUUGCUGCCCACAAGGGUCAUCUCCACGUUGUCCAGGUUUUGCUGAAAGCAGGUUGUGACCUGGAUAUUCAGGAUGAUGGUGAUCAGACAGCAUUGCACCGGGCUGCUGUCGUAGGGAACACCGAUGUUAUAGCAACUCUGAUUCAAGAGGGGUGUGCUUUGGACAGACAAGACAAGGACGGGAACACUGCUCUUCAUGAAGCUUGUUGGCAUGGAUUCAGUCAGUCUGCCAAAGUGCUCGUUAAAGCGGGAGCCAACGUUCUUGCCAAGAACAAGGCAGGUAACACACCUCUUCACCUGGCUUGCCAGAAUAGCCAUUCCCAGAGUACUCGUGUUUUGUUACUUGGAGGAUCUCGAGCAGAUCUCAAAAAUAAUGCAGGAGAUACCUGUCUGCAUGUGGCUGCUCGUUAUAAUCACUUGCCCAUCGUUAGGGUGCUGCUCAGUGCUUUCUGUUCUGUCCAUGAAAAGAACCAGGCAGGGGAUACUGCGCUCCAUGUAGCUGCUGCUCUAAAUCACAGGAAGGUGGUUAAGCUGUUGCUGGAGGCAGGGGCUGAUGCAUCUGUUGUCAACAAUGCAGGUCAGACCCCUCUAGAGGUUGCCAGACAGCACAAUAACCCUGAGGUUGCUCUCCUCCUCACUAAAGCAUCACAGGUCUCGCGCUUUAACCGUGGAAGAAGCCUGAGGAAGAAGAGAGAGAGGCUGAAGGAGGAAAGGCGAGCUCAGUCAGUACCACGGGAUGAAGUGGUACAGAGCAAGGGCAGUGUCUCAGCUGCUGACGACACACCAAGCAGCGACCAGCCACCACAGAGGAAGAGCGACCUGAAGGAUGAACCCCGGUCAACCUCACCAGAUCCCAAAGGGAAGAAGAGCAAAAAGAAAAAGCCAAAGGAAAAGGUUUCGGCACUCUCGGACCCCAUUUCCCCAGCUGAUCAGCAGACGCUCCCUCGGCCCCAGCAAAACGUGCCUAAGCGCAGAAGUAAACAUCACUGCUCCUCCCCACCCCCUCCCCACGAGGUCCGAGCCUACCAGCUCUACACGCUCUAUCGAGGGAAGGACGGGAAGGUGAUGCAGGCACCGAUAAAUGGAUGUCGUUGUGAGCCCCUGAUAAAUAAACUGGAGAAUCAGAUGGAGGCAACGGUGGAAGAGAUAAAAGCUGAGUUUGGGACAGUACAAGAUAAGAUGAAUGUCAAGCUGGGCCAGAUGGAAAGCAAAACUCAACAUCAACUCCGUGUUUUAGACAAGCUCAUGGCUGAGCGGCUGUCCGCAGAGAGAACAGAGUGCCUUCACCGCCUGCAACAGCACACUGAGCUGGAAAAGAAUGAGGGGGAGAAACGGCAGAUUUCCUUGGUCGAGGAGCUGAAGACUUGGUGCAUGUUGAAGAUUCAGAAUCUGGAGCUCAAGCUUUCUGGAGAUUCCAGGUCAUCAAGACCAAAAUCAACUUUAUCCACUUGUGAGUCUUCUGUAGGUCCAGAGCAACAGUUAAUCGCUGGCGGACCAGGUUCUUCUUCUGCCCCUGCUCAAGAUGUCAGGCCAAAGGACAAAGUUGUUAGCGCCAGCACGUUCCACAAGUACCAGCAGGAGCUGCCCUCCUCCGAGCUUGUGGGCUCCAAAUUAAGACACGUUAAGGUUCAAGCUGCUUUGCAGCCCUUGGCUGAGCCUGCAAAGACUGAACCACAGAGCGGCUACUUCAUCGACAAAGGAACUCAGACAAAGAAGUCCAGCAAAAGCGGGCAGUCAAGGCACAAAGCUCUGCACCCCGCCGGGGCACAUCAGAGCCAGGAGCCGCAGCCCUCCGCCCUGCCUGCGGGACAGCCGCCUGCCCCUCCGCUCCGAGACACCUCCCAGGCCCUGGAGAUAACACAGUACUUCUUUGAGGCCGUUUCCACGCAGAUGGAGAAGUGGUAUGAACGGAAGAUAGAAGAAGCCCGGUGCCAAGCUAAUCAGAAAGCACAGCAAGACAAAGCUGCGCUCAAGGAGCAUAUCAAAAGCUUAGAAGAGGAGCUCAGCAAAUUAAGGACUAAGGUGCAGAAAGAGAGCUAG